UUGUCGUGGGUGCUGACUUGGAACGAGAAAAAAACUGUAGGUUAAUUGAUGUAAAUUCGCUGACAGGAUAGCCUGCAAAUGAUGCCAAACUGCGUCAGAGCAGACGGACGUUGCAGGUACCCUCUCUCCUCCGGCUCUGAGCGAGCUAUGAUAAAGGCAUCCAUUGAAUGCCACAGAUAAGAACUAAAUAAUCACGAGAUGGAUCCUGGGCCAGGGUCCGGCUCGGAGCCACCUCUAGGAUGCGCAUUCUCCUCUGUUCCUAACCUAGACGCAAACAUGAGCUCGCGCUCCGCUAUUUACAUGAACGGGGAUGCCAGCAGCAGUAUGAACGUGGAUCCUGGCGCAGCGCUAAGAGGGGCAAGUGAUCCCAGCGCCUAUCCCUUGUCGGACUACCGCGGACUGGUCCGCCAGAGGUUCGUACGAAGAAGUCUGUGGUUCUCAGAGUCGGAGGAACCGGCGUUUGAAGCGACUGAAUGUGACACCAGCAGCAGCCCGGCAGACAACGUUCGCCUGAACACCAUCGUGAACAAAAGAGUUGCGCGCGUGGGCUUCCAUGAGAGUUCCAGCACCGAGAGCCAGGGGGGACACAGAGGCAGUGGCACAGAGAGUUGCACCGCCGAGGAUGAGAGAGACAAGGGCCAGGCCGAGAAGAAGUGCGAGGCCACCUCUUCCUCUGAGCCGCUCAAAAGCAGCGGGAAAGCUGAUGAGGGGAAGAGUGAUGAGAAUGAGGAGGAGGCUGAAAUGAAGGCCGUUUCCACAUCACCUAGCGGAAGGUUUCUGAAGUUUGACAUCGAGUUGGGGAGAGGUUCCUUCAAAACUGUUUACAAGGGCUUGGACACCGAAACAUGGGUUGAAGUGGCUUGGUGUGAACUUCAGGAUCGUAAGCUGUCCAAAGCAGAGCGUCAGCGGUUUAAGGAGGAGGCUGAAAUGCUGAAGGGCUUGCAGCACCCCAACAUCGUGCGCUUCUACGAUUUCUGGGAGUCGCCCGUCAAAGGGAAGAAGUGCAUCGUCCUGGUGACAGAACUGAUGACGUCAGGAACGCUAAAGACCUACCUGAAGCGUUUCAAGGUGAUGAAGCCCAAGGUGUUGCGUAGUUGGUGUCGUCAGAUCCUGAAGGGGCUCCACUUCCUGCACACGCGCACGCCGCCCAUCAUCCACAGAGACCUCAAGUGCGACAACAUCUUCAUCACCGGGCCAACGGGCUCCGUCAAGAUUGGGGACCUCGGACUCGCUACACUCAAGAGAGCUUCCUUUGCGAAGAGCGUGAUCGGCACUCCUGAGUUCAUGGCUCCUGAGAUGUAUGAGGAGCACUAUGACGAGGCGGUGGACGUGUACGCUUUUGGCAUGUGCAUGCUGGAGAUGGCCACCUCCGAAUACCCCUACUCCGAAUGCCAGAACGCAGCGCAGAUAUACCGCAAAGUCACCAGCGGUGUUAAGCCGGCCAGUUUCGGUAAAGUAGCCGUGCCCGAGAUCAAGGAGAUCAUUGGGGAGUGCAUCCGCCAUCACCGGGAGGAGAGAUACUCCAUCAAAGACCUGUUGAACCACGCCUUCUUCGCGGAGGACACGGGCGUGCGCGUGGAGCUGGCCGAGGAGGAUGAUGGGACGAAGUCGUCGAUCGCCCUGCGGCUCUGGGUGGAAGACCCCAAGAAGCUCAAGGGCAAAUACAAGGACAGCGGCGCCAUCGAAUUCACCUUUGACCUCGAGAAGGAGGUUGCCGAGGACGUGGCCCAGGAGAUGGUGGAGUCUGGCUUCUUCCUGGACAGCGAUGUGAAGGUGGUGGGCAAGAGCAUCCGCGACCGCGUGGCGCUCAUCAAGUGGAGACGAGAGCGCAUCAUCUCGGCGGCCGCCGCAGCUGAGGUGGAGGCAGGCGGCGAGAAGCCGGCAGAGGGACAUCAGGCAGCUCACUUCUCACAGGUGCCAGGGGGUGGAGCUGGUGUAGGUGUAAGCCCCGCCCUCUCGACGCAGACUGCCCCCUCUGCAGCGCCCUCAGACACGGACGACACGAUAUCGGAGCAAGAGCCGGCUUCAGCUGUCACCACUGCCACAUCUGACAGCGGUGUUGGGUCUGCAGUAAUUUCAGACGUGUUGAGCAACCAGCACAGUAUUCCCUAUCAGUCGCUCCCCGAGCCCAUCUCCACUGCCCAGAGAACCUUCAGCACGCCCAUGCAGCAGACCCUCACCCAGCUACAACAGGCCUCCUACCAGCAGCAGCAGCAGCAGCAGCAGCAGCAGCAGCAGCAAACCGCCCCGCCAGUGCAACCAGCUCCAGCAAUGCAGGUGGCCCCGGCAGUGCAAGUGGCUCCACCAAUCCAGACCACUGCUCCAGUGCAGCAAGCCCCACCAAUGCAAGUGGUUCCACCAAUGCAAGUGGUUCCACCAGUACAAGUGGUCCAGCAGCAGCAGCAGCAGCAGCCACACUUGACGAUACAGAUUCCCCCGGGUGUGCAGACGCAGCAGACCACACAGCUGCCCCCAGUGUCCCAGGUGCAGCAAAUACCGCAGAUGUCACAGGUGGCUCCACCGCAGCAGCAGCAUAUACCCCAGCUGCCGCAAGUCAGUCAAGCUCAGCAUGUCGCACAACUACAACAAGGAGCUCAACUGCAGCAGCCCACACCAAUGCAACACGUCCCAACCCUGGAUCAUGCAGGUGGUUUGCAGCAGCAGCAGCAGCAGACGACACAACUGCAGCAGGGCUCCCUACCACCGCAGCCUGCUCCUGGGCAGCUCGGUCAGGCGGUCUACCAGCAACCUCCUGUGCAACAGCAGCAGCAGCUGUGCCAGGGAUCCUACCAGCAACCCUCUCUACAGCUCCACCAGGCCAGCUAUCAGCAGCCCCCUCCUUCGAGUGCAUCUCUGGUGCAGACACACACACUGUCUGCUCCCGCCACCGCGACCCUGAGUGCACCGCCUGGCCAGCAACACAGCAGUCUUCCAGGCUUCCCCACGUCCCCCCAUCCUACCCCUCCACAACCUACACUGCAGCACAGCCAGCAGCAGCAGCAGCACCCUCAGAUGGCACAGGAGUUCCACCUCUAUCUCCACCCUGCAGUUUUCCAGCCCCAGGUUUGUCCAGAGGGCCACAGCUUCCCUCCUCAACUGCUCCAGGCGGCCACCACCAUGCCCGGUGCUCUUCAGACUCUGCCCCCUCCUGCUGCACAGCCAGCUCACGUCUCGCCCCUGCUGCAGCCCCUUCAAAUAACCACACAGGAGGUCAGUGCCCAGCCCCAGGAGGAGGCGUCUUUCCAGGCUACCGGGCACUCCGCUCCCCCUGUCCCCACCGCCUCCUCCAUUCAGUCUCCUCCAUGGAGGGCUGAGCAGGAGGCUGAGCCGGCUAGUGCUCCAGCCCAGGGCUACCCCCCCAGCCCCCCUGCCCAUGCGCCUGCUACCCUGCCCAACAGUGACCUGGCACCUGCCGGCCUGGACAGUGGCAGCGCUGCAACUGGUCGGCCCCCAGGGCAGGUCCCCACCCAGCCCACUGCAGAGCCUGGGCAGGAGGAGCUGAUGCAAGACAGGCAGGCUGCCCUCCUCAAUUAUGCCUAUGACAGUGUGAACUCAGACGCAGCUUCGGGCAAAGAGAUGAGUGAUAGCUAUGAGGGCACCACCAGUGGCGGCAAGGGGGACGGGAAACGGAAACAUCACCGCAAGUCAGCUCGCACACGCUCCCGCCAGGAGAGGACCAGCAAACCCAAACUCAGCAUGCUCAAUGUGUGUGACACAGGUGACAAGAUGGUGGAGUGCCAACUGGAGACUCACAACCACAAGAUGGUGACCUUCAAGUUUGAUCUGGACGGAGACGCACCAGAGGAGAUUGCGACGUACAUGGUGGAGAAUGGCUUCAUCCUGCUGAUCGAGAAGGAGGUGUUCAUCGAGCAGCUGAAGGACAUUGUGGACAAGGCGGAGGACAUGCUGAGCGAGGACACGGAGGGGGAGAGGGCCGGCAGCAGAGGGGGCAGCCCCCAGCAGAGCCAUGUGCCCAUUACCACCGGAGAGGGUGUGAGUAACGGUUCUGGAGUUUCCCAGCCUGUCUACCAGCAGAACGUGCUGCACACUGGUAAGAGGUGGUUCAUCAUCUGCCCUGUGGAGGAGAUGCCCUCUGCCAGGAGAAACGCCCCGUCUGAUGGCACGGCCUCCACCCACUCCUCUGGCACCAUCACCGUCAAGCCUGAGGGGGGCGCCACAGCACACUCCGGAGACGGCACCAGCAGCCAUGCAGCCGGGGCCAGCGCCGCCUCCUCCGUGUUCUCCAAAGAUUCUGAGUCCACAUCAGCUCCACCCUCCGCUGGCAGCGAUGUGACGGGCAUUAGCAGCCCUCUGCCCCUGCCCCUCUCUGACCCGCUGGCAUCCCUCUCCCUGGGCAUCUCCCUGCCCUCCACCGCCCUUCCAGCCCAGCCGCCCACCUCCCUCCCCGGCACAGAGGACCCCCUGGGCAUCACCACCUCCACCGCUGGGCCCCUACAUACCCACACCCACGUUGCCCAGGGCCACCAGGCUGGGUCCGGAUCUGGGCCGGGGUCGGUAUCCGGAUCUGGCCCAGGCCCAGUUCUGCGCAGCUCGUUGUCCGUAGACGAGAGCCAGCUGAGCGGGCGCAUGAUGACGUCCCCGUCCCCCAUCCACGUGGCGCAGCUCGCCUGUGCCAGCUCCCUGGUGGAGGAGGUGGCCUGCUGCCCGCUGGUGAUGCCACUCUCCCUGGACGUCAGCGCGCCGCCCCCCACAUUCACCUCCUCCGCACCCCCCACCGACCUCAGCUACGCACGCGAGGCCGCGCAGGCGCUGUCGGACCGGGAGCGGGAGCGGGAGCACGCCUCCGUGGUGAUGCAACAGCCCUUCUCCAGCGUGGGGGCGGCCGCGGCGGGGGCGGGGGGUGGUGCUAAGGCUCCGUCGCUCCCCCAGAGCCCCGCACUCUCCCAGCCAGGCGGGGUCACCGCCGAGUCGGACGGGGAGGGGGGCCGGGCCAGGGGGGGCGGGGGCUUCGUGGACAGCACCAUCAAGACCCUGGACGAAAAGCUGAGGAACCUGCUCUACCAGGAGUACGCGCCCAUGUACCCAUCGGGCACUGUGGCCGACACGCCGGGCUCGGGCACGGAAUACGUGCAGUCCCCCCCGGGGCCCGAGAGCGCGGUGGAGGGCUCAGGAAGUAGCACGCCGGGACCGCUGGCUGACGGACGAAUCAGGGCUGGAGAGCAGCUGCCUCAGAUCCCUGAGAGGAUGGACAGUCUGAGCAUCCACAGUGACUCUGGUUUAGCAGCCAGGAGACAGGGGAUGCCCCACUCCACCUCCUGCUCUGGCUCCAGCUCCAGGAGAUUCAAGAUGAUGGGUGCCGCCCCGGGCUCUCUGGGGGAGCGUAAGCAGCGUAGCUGGAGCAGCAGCGGGGCCGGUGGUGCUGGAGGUGGAGGGGGGGUGGAGGAGUGUCUCGACUCCCCUUCAGGAGGCAUCCUCACGGUGGGCCGCUUCUCCGUGGUGAGUGCCGAGAGCGGAGCCACGACGCGCCGCAAGCACAGCUACUCCUCCUCCUCCUCGCGCUACUCCGCGCCGCCCGACUUCUGCCUGGAGGCCCCUCCCCCGGCGCUGAUCGCCAAACGCGGCUCGCUGCCGCGCGCCAUGACGGCCGUGCCCGUGGACACGACGGUGCACGCCCACACGCACCACGCGCACACGCACGCCGGCCACGGGCGCUUCAUGUCCUCAGACUCGGGCGCGGAGAGCAGUCCCGCCCGUCUGGCCCCCGCCACGCCGGGCCGUCACCCCCGCUCCGAGCGCAGGGGAAGUGACCUCAUGAAGAGGGCGGUGGCCUUCCUGCGCCGCUCAGGACGCAGCAGCAGCGUGCAGAGCUCUGAUUCGCCCAGCCGGGCGAUGGGAGGGGCCAGCGUGGCCUGUAGUCCCGCCCACCAGUCGUCCUACUUCAGCAGCGAUAACGACUCUGAGAUGGAGGACUCGGAUAUCAAGAGGGAGCUGCAGAGGCUACGCGAGAAGCAUAUGAAGGAGAUCUCUGAGCUGCAGGCUCACCAGCGGGGGGAGGUCGAGCUGCUGUACCAGCGGCUGGGGAAGACUCUGCCCCCCACUCUGGGCCUCAGCGCCACGCUGCCCUCUGGUGGCCGACGCCGGCGCACUAGCAAGCACAAGUUGAAGGCCGGCAAGCUGCUCAGCCCCCUGGUACAGCAGCUACGCGGCGUCACCAAGAGCCAGGACGCCGGCAAGGCCACCGAUGCCACCAAGACUGAACAUGCCCCCAGUGUGAACGGCUCUCCUGCCAGGGGUCCCCUCAUGUGUCCAGGCCCGGGUCCAGGUGGCACGGUGGCCGGGCCGGGUUCCGGAUCAGAGCCGGUGCAGACGCAGCAGCCGUGCUCCCUGAAGGGCUCGCUCUCCUCCGACAACAUCUACGCGGGCCUGCAGGGAGAGCACACCGCUAUACCUGGCCAGCCCGGACCAGGCUGGCCCACCUACCCCGUAACGCCAGAGAGGGUGCAGUAUAAAGGCAGCAGUAGCAAACCCCGCGCUAGAUUCCUCAGUGGGCCUGUUUCUCUGUCCAUCUGGACCACCUUGAAGCGGCUGUGCCUCGGCAAAGAGCGUGGUAGUAGAUCUGGAGCAAGCACCGCUGCCUCCUACCAGCCUCCGACGACAGGCUCCACCCCACCUCCCCACCAGCCAAUCGUCAGGCCCGCUCAGGCCCAGACCAAUAACAGCAACAACACGGCGGCAGCUAUAGCAGGCAGAGUUCAGGACCACCAGACCAACAACAACAGUAACAACAACACACCCAUCGCCAGGGCUAACAUCUCCGCCAGGGCUAACAUCACAGCCAGGGCUAACAUCACAGGCAACACCAUGGCCACACAACCACCGAUGCACUGGCCAGGGGAUGAAUGGGCCGGGGAGCCCACUGUGCCAGGGCUGUCAGCAGCAGUACCAGGGGUACAAGCAGCUCCAGGGGUGGUACCAGCGGUGGGCCAAGGGAGCCCCCAGAACAGGGCGGACCCCAGCAUGCCGGCCCAGUGGCAGGAGGGCAGAGCCAGGGCAGAGGCCCGGGUCAGGGCCAGGAGAACACUCACCCUGGAGCUGGCCUCCACAACGCUAGAUGGCGCUGCUGCUGCCGCCGCCGCCCAACUGCCUCUGUCCUGCCCCAUGAUUGACAGCUGUCCGGCAGGCGCCGGGCUGGAUCCCGCCACGCUGCUUCGUGGGGGCGUGGUGGUGUCUCCGCUGGCGUACGGAGAUCCAAUGAGAUACCCCGUCUACUUCAGCCAAUGGCACGAGCUGGCGUCCCCCACCAGCCCUCGCGUUUUCGUCUUCCCCGCCGUUGCCAGCCCCGCACCCCCAUGCACCCCUCCCCCCGCCCCUCUUUCGCCCCACAACCCCAGAACCAGCACCCUAUAA